AGGCUGAAUUUCUGACCUGCUGUUGCCCGCUGGGUGGUGUGUUGUGGAGGCUUCCAAAUCAUGAACAUUUAGGUACGUUGUUUUGAUUUUGACGAAUGUUGUAUAGUGGUAAAUAGAUCCGUACUUGGUAGCUUGUAAUCACCGGAGGAAGUAAAUUUGUGUUGACACCGUACAAAUCGUUUCGUCAAAAUGUAACAACAUCUUUUAUCUUUAUGAGGUGGAUGGUUGCUAAUUAUAGACUAGACCCUCAUUGUUUGUGCCAUGGCAUACGGGUGUGAUUGGAACAUUGUGAUUACUGUUCAGUAACAUUAAACGCAUUCAUCUUCUUCACAUAUCAGCUCUUUUGGUGUAUAACUGUCUUUAAACGAUAAGCAUUAUUUGCAUUGAUUGUGUUUAAACACAUACUUUGAGCUUGUUAAUUUGUUGUUGUUUUUUUUAAUUGAUGAGUAACUAGUUGAGAUAAGAUAGUGAUGUUAAUUAACAAGAGAAGACAUUGUAUACAAUGGGGAUCAAAUACUGCGUAGACAUCAAUAAUGACAUAUGUCAGUAGAAAGACAUAUGCCAUUUGAGAGCUAUGUGUCAAUAAAGCCAUGUGACGAUGAAGGCAUGUGUCAAUAAAGACAUUAUAUCGAUAAGACUUACGUGACCUGUGUGUGCACAUCUGAUCAGGUGUCAGCCAGGCAGAAGGUUCAUUGGAAUGAAUUCUUUGUAAUAAUUGUAUGUUUAUUACUUUAGUCUUACGAUUAUUUGCAUUAAAAUAUUAGUAUAAAUAAAUAUGCUAUCAUUGGAAAUAGAGAGGGGUGGCGUGAAGGGGAGAGAAAGAGAGACAAACAUGAGACUGUGUAAAAGAGAGAGAAUGAAGGAAAGUAAGGGAGAGUGUGAGAGAGUGAUGGAGAGUGCGAGAAGAGUGCGAGAGAGAGAGAAAGAGAGAGAAAGAGAGAAAGAGAGAGAGAGAGAGAGAAAGAGCGAGAGAGAAAGAGAGAAAGAAAGAGCGAGAGAGAGAAAGAGAGAGAGAAAAAGAGAGAGAGAGAGAGAGAGAAAGAGAAAGAAAGAGAGAGUCCAAAAGUGAGAAGCAGUCGGUGAGACUAUGAAUGUGUAUCUGUGUAAGACAGUGUGUGUGUGUGUGUGUGUUUGUUUGUGUUUGUGUGUUUGAGAUAGCUGGAUAAAUUUAAGAAAGAAACAUUACAGUUAAAUGAAAAACUAUCAAAAUAGAUGCCACCCACUUUCAUUACCUUGGAGAAAAUGGUGUGUGUCUGUGUAUGUGGUAUGUAUGUGUGUGUAUGGGUGUUGAUGAGGUAAACACAGACACCAAUUAAAUGGCGUUAUCUACGACCAGACAAGUCGAUUAUCUUUCAAAUGUCUGUCUAGAGAAAUUCAAAUGUCUUUAAUAAUUAAAGCAGAAAAACGAAAGUACUUCUAUUGUGUAGGCUUAGGCAAGGGCGUCUCAUUCUCAAGCAGUGUUUCAGUGGGAAGUGGAGCCGGGGUGCGAGGGGGGGGGAGGGCGGCGAGCGGGCUUCAGAAUUAUACGUGGUGUAGAUCUUUGAGGAUAAAACCCAGGAUGUAAGCUCUUGAUACCGUCACAAACGUUUCUCUAAAACUGGGGUUGGCAAUUUGCGGGCUGUUGGUAAGGAUCUAGAGCAGAGGUUCUCAAUUUGUGGGUGGCGACCCCUUUGGGUGACAGCGACCCUUUCCCAGGGAUCGCCUAAGACCAUCAGAGUGCACAUAUACUCUACAGUUAUGAGUUAGAGACGAAAAUAAUUUUUUGGCUUGGGGUUGCGACAACAUGAAGAACUGUAUUAAGGGCUCGCGGCAUUAGAAUGGUUGAGAACCACUGAUCUAGAGGAUUUGGUUACGUCUGAUGUCUGAUGUACAUCUGGAUGUUUGAAUAAAGUAAAGCAAGUGUUUUUUGUUGUUUUUUUAUCAAAUGUGCACGUGCUAAUGCAGAGAUACUUGCAAGUGUCGGUGAGUGAAAGAAAUUUGACAGAACGUGUAAGGAUGACAUGGUCGGACAGAUGGGAGUUGACGUCACUAUUGUGAUCUAUGGACAUGACGUCACUAGUGUGAUCUAUGGACAUGACUCACUAUUGUAAUCUAUAGACAAGACGUCACUAUUGUGAUCUAUGGAAAUGACGUGACUAUUGUGAGCUAUGGACAUGACGUGGCUACUGGUAUUGUGAUCUAUGGACAUGACGUGGCUACUGGUAUUGUGAUCUAUGGACAUGACGUGACUAUUGUGAUUUAUGGACAUGACGUCACUAUUGUGAUUUUUUGGACAUGACAUGACUAUUGUGAUUUAUGGACAUGACAUGACUAUUGUGAUCUAUGGACAUGACGUGACUAUUGUGAUUUAUGGACAUGACGUCACUAUUGUGAUUUUUUGGACAUGACAUGACUAUUGUGAUUUAUGGACAUGACAUGACUAUUGUGAUUUAUGGACAUGACGUCACUAUUGUAAUUUAUAGAAAUGACGUGACUGUUGUGAUAUAUUGACAUGACGUGACUAUUGUGAUUUUAUGGACAUGACGUGACCAUUGUGAUUUAUGGACAUAACGUCACUAUUAUGAUUGAGGGACAUGACAUUACUAUUGUGAUUUAUGGACAUGAUGGGACUAUUGUGAUUUUAUGGAAAUGACGUUACUAUUGUCAUUUUAUGGACUGCUGAAUCAGUUAAAACGGUUUAAGAUUAUUAUUAAAUAUUAUUAUAUUUCUGUAUUGUUUUUUACUACAGUUUUGUUAUUUGUGAUUUUUUUUUUACAUUUCCACAGACGAUGACAAUGAAUUCUGGCAGCAAACUUCCCUUCUACGAGGUGGUGGUCAAGGAGGUGAGACUUUUUGUAUGAAACAUUGGGUUGAUUUGUUUUGUUGUUUUUCAACUGUCGGCCAUAGGUGAAUAAAUAAAUGAUCAACUUAGGUUUUUAAUUUUUCUAGCGGGUUAGUUUCUUUGUUAAAUUUUAAAACUUUUUGCAUUUGUAAAAAUGAGGACGUGCCCCGGAUAUGGAAAGUAUAAUUUGGUCUGACUUUUUACCUUGUCCGGAAGUCUGGAUUAUCUAAUGCAGUGGUUCUUAACCUUCCUAGUGCCACGACCCUUUGAUAUAGUUUAACGUGUCGUGGCGACCCCUAGCUUGACAAGUAUUUUCGUUGCUACUUCAUAGCUGUAAAGAUAUGUGUUUUCAGAUGAUCUUAGGCGACCCCUAGGAAAGGGUCGCGUGACCCCCCAAAGGGGUUGUGACCCACAGGUUGAGAACCGCAUAACUAGUAUAACGCGUAAUAUCAAAAUUUAAAUGCAGACUAUAACUAUAUAUUACAGUUUGUAAUUUAAUGGCGUAAAUCUAUUAAUAGUACAUCCUUUUUUAAAGAUUGUCUCCCCAUUGAGACGAUUGUAACAUAAGUGAAAACAUUAUUUAUUUUUUAAAUGUCUCCUGGCAGAAGUUUCUAUUACGAAAAAGACCUAUCAAAGGCGCAGUUUGAACAAAGUUACAAAUCAAAGUCGAUUCUGGACUAAAGAAUCUGUAAUUGCGAGUUCACCCAGGGGUGUCACUAAGGUUGGUGUCACACGGUAGGGUAAACUCAUGGUGUUCCCCCUCCCCAGCCCCGAACUUCACAUAUUAACAUAAUCAUACAGAAUCGCUUAAAGUAUUUUUUUUGUGUGUAAAUUAAGUCCUUUAGCAGCAAAAGACGUAGCAGAAAACAUAUAAAUUGAGAUAAAGCGUAUUGAAACAAAAGUACAUUUUAAUGAAAAAAAGUACAUUGUAUCAAAACAAAAGUACAUUGUAUCGAAAUAAAAGUACAUUGUAUUGAAACAAAAGUAGACUGUAUUGAAACAAAAGUAGAUUGUAUUGAAACAAAAGUAGAUUGUAUUGAAACAAAAGUACAUUGUAUUGAAACAAAAGUAGAUUGUAUUGAAACAAAAGUAGAUUGUAUUGAAACAAAAGUAGAUUGUAUUGAAACAAAAGUACAUUGUAUUGAAACAAAAGUACAUUUUAUUGAAACAAAAGUAGAUUGUAUUGAAACAAAAGUAGAUUGUAUUGAAACAAAAGUAGAUUGUAUUGAAACAAAAGUACAUUGUAUUGAAACAAAAGUAGAUUGUAUUGAAACACAAGUACAUUGAAUCGAAACAAAAGUACAUUGUACUGAAAAAAGUACAUUGUAUCGAAAUAAAAGUACAUUGCAUUGAAGCAAAAGUAGAUUGUAUUGAAGCAAAAGUAGAUUGUAUUGAAACAAAGGUAGAUUGUAUCGAAACAAAAGUAGAUUGUAUUUAAAAAAAAAGUAAAUUGUAUCAAAACAAAAGUACAUUGUAUCGAAAUAAAAGUACAUUGUAUUGAAACAAAAGUAGAUUGUAUUGAAACAAAAGUAGAUUGUAUUGAAACAAAAGUAGAUUGUAUUGAAACAAAAGUAGAUUGUAUUGAAACAAACGUACAUUAAAGUUAAAGCUCUCCUUUCCUGGUGCUCAAAUAUUCAUAACUGUUAAUCACUUAUUCAAAAUCGACAUUCUUCACCUACUAAUUCUCCAUUGACAUGAUCGCAAUAUCAGAAAGCCUGGAAUGUGCCCCCCCCCCCAUACACACACACAGAUUGUGAGAAAUAGUUGUAGACUCGAUGAAAAGUUUGGGAGAUAUUUUAAAAGUACCCCCUCAGCUACGAAUUUUCAAACUGCAAGUGUCGACAAAGUUUUAGCUUCGCUGGGAUUAAUACUCCGCUCCUUUCACGUGUUUCGGCAGCUUUCGCGUUUCUGGGCAAAGUCACGUGACUCAUCUUAGAAACUGUUCAGGUUUUUUUUUAUAAAACUCCACCAAUUAACUCUUCUUCAUUCACAAACAGUAGCCUCUUACCGUCAACAGCCUCCACAAUCUAUGUUUAUGUUUAGCUCCUAGAUGGCUCUGGAGUUCAGAAUGAAAACGAUCAAUAGAAUCAAGCAUCGCCAUCUUGUUUUCUUAAUGAAAAUGUGUUGGUCGUCUCUUGAUUUCUCAGCCGUUUUGUUCUAAGUGUGCAUAGGGUUUUGGGGGAAAAGAGAUUAGAGGGGAGGGGUUGAAUUUGAAUAGCGUAGAAAAUGUGAACGUCUGUUAACAAAAAAGCGGAGCAAAGAUCAAAGAUCACAGAAAUACAACUAAACGUGAUUUACCAACUCAUAAUAAAUGUUAAAAAUACACAAAGCAGAUUCCGCAUUUGAACGAACUAAUAAUAGGAAUUUUGUAUGUGACCGUGACCUCGAUGAGACAUCGAUCGAUGAAAGUCAGUUAUCCACGCUAAAGUGAGAAGGCGCUAUCGGUCGGCACGCGAACAAAUCCUAGCAGACGUGAGUGCCCGUGGGUUUGGUUUGGUUUUUUCCUUUGGCGAAAUUUGUGUGGGGGUGGUGGUUGGGGGGGGGGGUGAGUGUCCUUUAAUUAUUUAGUUAACUUUAUUUUAUAUUAAUUUAUAUUGCUUUAGAAGUUUUUCUACAUACUAAUAAGUAUGUAAGUAAUUUCAAGUGCCCCCCUACCCCCAACCGGCCCCCGUUUGUUAUCUAAUGCGGACGCCCAUCGUUGCAGAUAAAACCUCGGCGGACACAUUUGGAGUUAUCCUGGAAUCGGCUUCAACUUUUGGACGGGGAGACAAGAAGAUUUGAAAGUAGAGCGGUCAUGUGAUAGGAGGAAUCGAACCAUUGGGAUCAUGUUAGGCCAUAAACACCCCAACCUUUGGACGGCCAAUGGCAUCGCACAUCCGAAGUUGUGAGAAAUGGGUUUAUAUUAAACGUUAGGCUUCAUUAUCUUAACAUGGGAAGGAUAUCUUUACAAUAUAAAUCAAUGUCCACGUUACCGUUACAGUAGCUCAAUUCGUAAUCGUAAUAGUAUAUAGUUAUGUUGAUUUGGAUUAACUACACCUCUUCUGUUGUGUAUGUCUUUAAGUGGGUUGACAUGCGCGAUACCGUGAUCAGGUAAAAAUAACUUCAACUUAAAGUCGCGAUACAUUCAAAGUAAGGUUGUAUGUUUACUAAGCCAGUGUCGGUAGUAUUCGGACAUAACUGUUAAUCGCCCGACACUAUCUUAAGUCAUCUGGUCAGACACGACGCCACAAAGCCAACCAAUGCGUCCUUGGGUUUAUAUUAUUGUAGUCGGCAUCUGAACUAUGAGGGCGAUGGCGGCCUCGCCAUGUUGUUGUGAAGCUGGGUGUCAAAUACAGACGGAGCUGAAAGCCAUCACACAUUAAUGUUCCACGUGAUGCUCCUAUUGUCUGCGGGAUCAAAUGAUACUCUUUUAUUUUAGUUUAUUAAUGUCUUUAUUUAUUUUAUAGAAGCCUACUUCUUGUGGACUUAUUGUGUCUCUGGUGUCACCGGUGUCUGUGGUGAUCUGGUGUCAACGGUGUCUCUGGUGAUCUAGUGUCACCGGUGUCUCUGGUGAUCUGGUGUCACAGUUGAUCUGGUGAUCUGGUGUCAUCGGUGUCUCUGGUGAUCUGGUGUCAUCGGUGUCUCUGGUGAUCAGGUGUCACAGUUGAUCUAGUGUCACUGGUGAUCUGGUGUCAUCGGUGUCUCUGGUGAUCUGGUGUCACAGUUGAUCUAGUGUCACUGGUGAUCUGGUGUCAUCGGUGUCUCUGGUGAUCUGGUGUCACCAGUGUCUCUGGUGAUCUGGUAUCACCAGUGUCUCUGGUGAUCUGGUGUCAACGGUGUCUCUGGUGAUCUGGUGUCAACGGUGUCUCUGGUGAUCUGGUGUCAACAGUGUCUCUGGUGAUCUGGUGUCACCGGUGUCUCUGGUGAUCUGGUGUCAACGGUGUCUCUGGUGAUCUGGUGUCAACAGUGUCUAUGGUGAUCUGGUGUCAACGGUGUCUCUGGUGAUCUGGUGUCAACGGUGUCUAUGGUGAUCUGGUGUCUCUGGUGAUCUGGUGUCAACGGUGUCUAUGGUGAUAUGGUGUCUCUGGUGAUCUGGUGUCAACAGUGUCUAUGGUGAUCUGGUUUCAAUGGUGUCUCUGGUGUCAACGGUGUCUAUGGUGAUCUGGUGUCAACAGUGUCGAUGGUGAUCUGGUGUCAACGGUGUCUAUGGUGAUCUGGUGUCAACGGUGUCCAUGGUGAUCUGGUGUCAACGGUGUCUAUGGUGAUCUUGCAACAUAAUUAUUCAACAUCUACGUAUUAACUGGGGGACAAUGGCGGACAUGAGCUGAAUAUUAGUUACACAAAUAAAAUAGGGUCCACAUGUUUCCAAAUAAAAUGCAGCAACCGUAUGUUAACUGUGGUGUCGUAUAUGUUCAUAUAACCUACAAGUGUAACUGGUCCCGGUUUCAAAUAACCUACAAGUGUAACUGGUCCAGGUUUCAUAUAACCUAAAAGUUUAACUGGUCUAGGUUUCGUAUAACCUACAAGUGUAACUGGUCCAGGUUUCAUAUAACCUCAAAGUUUAACUGGUCCAGGUUUCAUAUAACCUACAAGUUUAACUGGUCGAUGUUUCAUAUAACCUACACGUUUAACUGGUCCAGGUUUCAUAUAACCUACAAGUGUAACUGGUCCAGGUUUCAUAUAACCUACAAGUGUAACUGGUCCAGGUUUCAUAUAACCUACAAGUGUAACUGGUCCAGGUUUCAUAUAACCUACAAGUGUAACUGGUCCAGGUUUCAUAUAACCUAAAAGUUUAACUGGUCAAGGUUUCAUAUAACCUACGAAUGUAACUGGUCCAUUAUUACGCCGAAUGAGAUCAAUAAUCACAAGUUGAACUUACUCGAGUAGACUUUUACUUUGAAUGAAUACAUGCAAUAGGAUGCACGGGAAGUGACUUUCUUACGCACAGAUGUUUUGUGCUCAUUAAUUCCAGCGAAAUUAGUAUGCAGUUUUCAGUCAGAGGCGUAGCCUACUACAAAGGUGGAGAAGAGAUAUGGGGGAUAAUGUCCUUCUACGGUCCAUAAACAAGAUUUUAGACGCUUCACCGUUGCAAAUGAUGAAUUUAAACAUAGGAAUUUUAAUAUUUUAAAUAGUCUAGGAAACAACGAGUUCCAAAUAUUGGCAAGUUCUAUAUAAGUAGUAGGCCUAAUGAUGAGUGCCAGUUCUAUACAAGUAGUAGGCCUAAUGAUGAGUGCCAGUUCUAUACAAGUAGUAGGCCUAAUGAUGAGUGCCAGUUCUAUAUAAGUAGUAGGCCUAAUGAUGAGCGCCAGUUCUAUAUAAGUAGUAGGCCUAAUGAUGAGUUCCAGUUCUAUAUAAGUAGUAGGCCUAAUGAUGAGUGCCAGUUCUAUAUAAGUAGUAGGCCUAAUGAUGAGUGCAAGUGAACAAUAUUCUAACUCAAAACACGUCCAAGUUAGGGGCCUACUCUUCGAACGUUCCAAAUAAAAUUGGCGACAGUCUGAUGAUACGUGUCUCAAUGUUAUUGAUGGUUUUUUCCUGCUGUUCUGCCAGCAUUUAAAACUGAAUAGUUUGUGUCUGCUUCCAGGAGGCGCCGUUCGUUGUACUGGGUAAAGACAGCGAGGGCAACAGAACCUUCUCCGGCCUGUCCAUAGACUUGCUCCAGCUAGUGGCCGAGAAAGCUCAGUUUCAGUAUAACAUCAAGCUAACAGAUCACAGCUCCUAUGGCUAUCAGGAUCACGUUGGGAAAUGGAACGGGCUUAUAUCAGAAAUCUCUAACAAAGUGAGUAUCAGAUUUAUGAUUAAGGCUUUGUGGCCUGAUAUUGAAUACUCUAAGUAGUUUAGAAAUAAUCCCAUUACACUUAAGAACCACCCACUGCGUAAGUUCUAAUUCAGGAAAAAAUCAUACUAGUGAACUAAAUAAUUAAAUGCUAAGACACAACAGUGCAAUUAGUUCAACUAUUUUAUCACUGGACACAGUAACUUAAUUACUGAGUACCUGAGCUCUCUAUGCCUUGGAGCAUAAAGGCACCGAGUAACAAAACUGACUAAUAGAGUUACAAUCACCUAUGAAUGACCUCUAAAUGUUAAAGGCUUCCUAAUAUUUCUGAAGUUUCUAGAGAUCUUGAUAUUCUCCUCCAACUAGAGAUCUUGAUAUUCUCCUUCAGCUAGAGAUCUUGGUAUUCUCUUACAGCUAGAGAUCUUGAUAUUCUCCUUCAGCUAGAGAUCUUGAUAUUCUCUUCCAGCUAGAGAUCUUGAUAUUCUCCUUCAGCUAGAGAUCUUGAUAUUCUCCUCCAGCUAGAGAUCUUGAUAUUCUCCUUCAGCUAGAGAUCUUGAUAUUCUCUUCCAGCUAGAGAUCUUGAUAUUCUCCUUCAGCUAGAGAUCUUGAUAUUCUCCUUCAGCUAUAGAUCUUGAUGUUCUGUUUGACCAAGAAAUGUUAACUAUUGUCAACAAAGCUAGAAGACAAUGCCAAUGCCUUCACACAAUGCCUCACAUAAUGCCAGUGCCUUCACAUAAAGCCAGUGCCUUCACAUAACGCCAGUGCCUUCACAUAACGCCAGUGCCUUCACAUAACGCCAGUGCCUUCACAUAAUGCCAGUGCCUUCACAUAAAGCCAGUGCCUUCACAUAAAGCCAGUGCCUUCACAUAAUGCCAGUGCCUUCGCAUAAUGCCAGUGCCUUCACAUAUUGCCAGUGCGUUCACAUAAUGCCAGAACCUUCACAAUAUAAUAUUAUGCAGGGCUUAUUUUAAUAUCUUUAUUAAUCACGAGAUUAUCUACUAAAUUUCUUAUUAUUGAUUCGAUGAAAACAUAACCAAUCUAUUGUUAUAUGAUAAACUAAAUAAUGUCUAUCACCACUGUACUUAUUAUGACAUAUCAAUAUCUCAUCAGCAAAUUUAGAUGUAAAAUAUGAAGUUAUCACUGUCCCCAGAAUGCUGACAUUGCGGUUGGACCUAUCCCACCAAAACCAGACAGCUAUGACAUGAUAGAGUUCACCAAACCGUAUUUAUCCAGUGGCAUAAGUUUGCUUAUCAAGGUCAGAUAUUAUUCACAAUUUUUAAAAUUUUAGGCUUCACUUCAAGUGCAUCUGUCAGUUGACAUCUUUCAUCCUACAUCAUCCUACCUGCUUCAUCUGUGUACAAUGAAAAAUAUAUUUUGACAAAAGCAGUUUUAUUCCUUUCUCUGAACUUCCUGUACAUACAUUUAUCAGAAACAAAGAGGGGAAAUAAGAGGAAGGGGGGGGGGUGUAAAUCACACUCAGAUUGAGUGUUUAGAUUUUUUUAAAAAUAUCAACCUUUGCAAUAACUUAUUUUUAAAUAUUGAAAUGAAAUGCUCUCGCUUGGAGAAAUUGAGAUCAGCACGUAGCCUGACCACUAACUUCUUACACACCACUGAAAAGAUGCAUUACCAAACCAUGAUUUCUGUACACCAUUUUCAUAAGUACAUUCAACGAUGCCCAAUCUUUAUUUUCAGUACCCUUCUGAAGGUACCAGAGGAAUUGGUCUCAUGUUAGAUCCCUUCACAACAGAAGUGUGGACCAUGAUCUGCCUGGCCUUUAUUGUCAUCAGCCUUGCCUUAUUUCUCAUUGGUCGGUUCAGUCCUUACGAGUGGGCUAGAGUUUCCAAAGACAAAGAUGUGAGACUCGCUCGGACCAGUUUUGGCCUGAAAAACAGCUUUUUGUUUGCAGCAAGUACCCUUAGUUGGCAAGGUCAGAUUUGUUUUUGUUUUUUUGUGUGCUUAAAUGACACAUGUCUUUCACAGUUUGGAAAAUUCAAGAGUUGAACUAUGAUUAGAACCAGUAAAUGUACUGCUUUAUAAUCAUUCUGGUUUAUAUUAAAUGCUUUCUUUCAUGAAGCUUUAAAUCAUAGAUGUGGCAUUUAGAUCAUAAAUAAGACAAUCAAAUUAUAAAUAUUAUACUCUAAUCAUAAAUAUGCCAUGCAGAUCACACAUGUGAAAUUUGAACCAUUUCUUUGACUUUAGGAUUAUGAAUAUAAGAUUUAGGAUAAUUUAGAUCAUACACUUUAAUCGGGACUGUUUUAUAUACCUGUAUUGUGUAUCGGUUGCCAGGUUACAGAGAGGCCCCCAGGUCAAUCUCUGGGCGGAUCUUGAUGUGUAUGUGGUUCAUGUUUACUGUGUUUGUGAUGGUUGCGUACACUGCAUGUCUGUGUGCCAUACUGACCACACGAGGAGAGUCUGCUCGCCAGCAUUUAUCAUUCUCCAGCUUUGAAGACAUAGCAGACAGCAAAGUGGUCAAACUUGGAGCUGUGAGUGAUUGCUUCUUAUUGUGACUAUUCCAUUUGUAAUAAUAUUUAGGUAUGUUUUUAAUGAGUAGGUACAUUGUCUAAUUUAUGGUUUGAGUAUUGAUUUGUAUUUAGUUUUAACUUUGUUUCCAAAAUUUAUUUUGAGAUUUCUCAUUCAUGAUAAUAUUAUUAUAUUUUUCAUUUAUUUUAAGGAAUGUUUGACAUAAUGCAAUAUAUCUAGUCUAAUAUAUAUAUAAAAUUAGAAGAAAAGUAAGUUUUAAAAGCUGAAAAAUAGCAUAGGUUUUUAUAUGGAAUUGAUAUAUAUAAUUUUGUCAAUGCUGUCAAAAGAUGGAGUGUAUUAUAAUAUAGGAGAUAAUUUGCAUGUUAAUCACCAGAUGAAGUACAACCAUGUGCACUGGUCCCUCAAGUUGGGCAAGUCAUCGCAUAACAACUUAUUCGCCAAACUGUAUUCUUACAUUGAUGACUCCCAGGAAUGGAUCCAGAAGAGACAAGAAGGUAAAACAAACACACACAAAAAUUAAAUAUAUUUAUUUUAAGGACAAAACUAACUCACAUGACACAAACAUUGUGUCUUAAAAGAGCUGUAAGGUUUUUGUUUUGUUUCCUAAAUUAAUUUUGUUAUGGUUUUACAUCUGCUAUUGCACAUAACAGUGUCAAAUUAAACUAACUGCUGGAUUAUUGUAAGUGGCUGGUUAGCAGCCAAGUCUAUGGAGUAAAAAUGUUUGUUGCUUAUUGCUCAACAAAAAUACUUAAAAUGAAAAGAAAAAAAUAUGCUAUUCUCAAUUUAUAAAAGUUAUAUAAUGCAUUUCAUUCCAACAAUAAAUUUGAAAAGUGUAUUUUUUUCUGUAAAACGAAAUGUUAGCCAUUCCUUUUUGUAAAGUGUUUGCUGAUCUUUAUCUUUCAGGGAUUCAGAGAGUGAAAGAUUCAGGUGGGAAAUAUGCCUUACUUUUAGAGACAAUAAAGGCAGAUUAUGUGACAGCAACAAAUUGUGACCUUAUCACAUAUGGAGAAAAACUGGCUUCUUUUGGGUAUGAACAGUAACAAUUAAACUAAUUAAUUUAACUUUAUCAGUUUUACAGUAAUUUGUAUUCAAAACUAAAAGACCCAGUUUAAAAGUUUCAUAGACCUUAAUUUUUUGAAAAAGUAGAAAUCAGAGUAAUAGUUAGAUUAAUCGAUAGUAAAAUCUUGACCUUUACUAUAUUCAUUUAAAUCAUGAAAAAUAGAUAUAUUGGCUGUUGAGGAUUAGGAUAAGAAACAUUAAAUCAACAUGUGUGUCUGGAAAAUUUCAAUCCCCGCUGUUUUUCUGUAAUAACAGUUGACCUUUGAUUAACAUCAAUAAAAUAUAUUUUAAAUACAAUUGAUUAUUACACCUCAAGUACAUAUGAACUAGACAUUUACAACUUCUAGACUCCAAUUUUGCCUCUGCACCUCUGGUUUUGAAUAUGUUCUGUCGAUGACUUUGAGAUAUUAGAAAUACAUUUAAGUUAAAAGUUUGGACGACUAGAUUUUAAAUGUAUAUCAGCAUUUUAUUUUCAUCCCUAAUCAUAUUUUUCUUGCCUGUUCCAGCUACACAUUUGCUGUUCCCAAGGGCUCACCUCUGUUGGAGAGAAUAAAUCUAGCCAUCCUUGAACAGGUGGAGGAUGGCGCCAUACAGAAACUUAUGGAUAAACACAUUUUUAGACACCAGGUGUGCCCACAGUAUGACAAGACAAAACUUAUUCCACAGAAGGGGGGCACCACACAAAAAGUUACCUCCAGUAUGGACAUGAGAGACAUGGCCAUCCCCUUUCUUUUCUUGUUUUUGGGGGUGCUUGGAGCAGGAGGUGCACUUGGAGCAGAAAUUUAUUACAGACGAAGAUUGGCAAUGAAGGUCAGACUUGUGCAAAAUUUUAUCAUUAAAAUUAGUGUACUGGUAAUUUGUUUGAAUAGAACAAAUAGAGAAAUAAAAGAAAAAUUUGUCUAUAACUGUAGGAUAAAAUAUUUCUAUCCUAUUGACAUAUAUAAAAUUUAAGGAUUUAAAGAAAUAUUUUACAUUUUAAAUGUGUACUUUUGUACUGAGAAUUGUUACAUCAUUUUUAGACCAAAUCAAAACUCAUUGAACUGUAUAUGGAGCGCAAUAAAAUUAUUUUGUUCAGUUUUGAAAACAAAACAGGAUUUACAAAAUGUAUCAGGCAAAUAUUUUUUUUUUUUCUAGAUUUUUUCAUUGAUUUUAUAUAAAAUCUAAUAGUUUAAGACAUGAUAUCAUUACAAUGCUACUUAAAAAAGUUAAAUUUAAAUGAAGUAAAGAUAAAUUCGAAUAAUAAUUUGUCAUCUCUUUGGAUCAUUAAUGUUUAAAUAAUUGUCUUUUCUUAAAAGAACUCUGAUGAUAAAGCAAGAAAGCCAUUAAACACAGAGGCUGCUAUCUCUAAGGCUCCUAAGUCAAGCCCACCCCCACCCCCAAUUUAUAAAGUGACCAACAAACUUCAAGACUCUGGGGAAAAGGAGAAACAAAAGAGUUCCAUUGUGGUCGUCACUGAAACACCAACAACUGAGUCAAGUAGAGAUGUAGAAUCAGCCGAAGCCUGUGGUGAAAACUUUGAAAUGGUUCCCUUGGAUGAUAAAGUUGAGCUUGACAAACAGGAAGACAACCCCAAACAGGAAGUUAAAUAUGAUACUGAAGCAGCAGUCAUAGAAGCAGUAGACAAGUCACUUGACAAAGAUAAGGCAGAGGUUAUCAAUGAAACUGCAUAAAAUAAUUAUAUUGUUAAUUUAAUUUCAUCAAUCUUAUUAAUUCCUAUUUCAUGAGUUAUUUAAGUCUUAAUUGUAAACUCGCACAUUAAAAAUUUUGUUCAGUUGUUUUUCAUAAAUUUUGAUAAACUUAACAAUCUUUUCAAACAAGUUUCUAGAUGUUUAUAAAACAGAAUAUUUAAUUGUGCAGAAUUCAAAGAUUAGUGUUUCUUUAAUUGCAGAUGAUAAUCUUCAAGAUUAAACAAGGAAAUCUAAAAUAAUAAAUUAUUCACGGGUAAUACUAAAUAGUUAUCUAUUAACAAUCUCUGAGAUUUCUUAAGUAUUUUAAAGGUAGUUCAUAUAUAACUUCUCAUAAUAUUGCUUAUUGUACAAAGUCCUCUCCCGUUAUGAUCAUAAUUACUUAUAAAUUUAAGACACCCCAAAUCAUUAAAAAACAAAAUACAUAUUCUACAUAUAUGUUUUCACACAUUUUUUGUACUGGAAAAAUGAAAUUCUUUCUCAUACUUAAAUAUAAUUUUUCUCAUAUUCAUUUCUGGGUGACAUGAUAUUAGGCUACAUAUUUUAUUUCUUAAUGCUUUUUUUUUAAUCUGAAAAGCUCCCAUAAUAAAUUUAGCAAAUGUGAGUUCUUUAAUCCAAAUAAUACUGGUCUCAUCACAUUUCUUCACCCCCCCCCCUUCCACCCCCUUUUUAUUUUUCCUUUCUCUACUUGCCUUGUUAUAUUUAAUUUCAUCAAAAAUUUGUGAACCUCCCAUCAUGCCUGACACUAAAAGCCAUUAUUUCUAAAUUAAAUUCGAAACAUUCUGUAACAUUCAUUAGACUAGAUCUAUA